UAUGGUUGCCCAUGUGAGUGAUUUUGGUGUUGCAAAGUUGCUGGGGCAUGAGGACAGCAUUACGUACACCAACACAUUAGCCACACUUGGCUAUCUUGCUCCAGAGUAUGGACUGGAAGGACAAGUAUCAACAAAAUGCGAUGUUUACAGUUUUGGAAUCAUGAUUAUGGAAGUCUUUACAAGAAAAAGUCCCAAUGACAAAAUGUUUGGCGAAAAUUUGAGCCUGAAGAGUUGGGUGAGUGAUUCUAUGCCAGAUGGACUGGUUCGAGUUGUUGAUGCUAAUCUGCUGAGACCCAAUCAUGAAUACUUCGAUGAAAAGUUGGACUGCAUUCCAUCAAUCAUGAAAGUGGCUUUGAAUUGCACAAGGGAAUCUCCAAGGGAGAGAAGCAAUAUGCAUGAUGUUCUUGCAGAUUUAAAGAAGGUCAAACUUCAGCUACUACCUUAUUCAAAUUAA